AUGUCCGCAUUCGAAAGCGAUUUAAACAUCGGAAGCAGUGCUCCAGCCGCCGGUGGCCAAGGAUUCAGUUUGCAAAUGUUCGGGUGAGUGGAAAUUCGAAUUAAAAUCAAUGAAAGACGUUCAAAAUCAAGUUCGAACAAAUUUGUUUCAGUAAACCGACAAUUGUACUCGCCCAUCUUGCUUUCAAAGCGGCCGCUCUUUUCUUCUACUUCUUUGCCAAUUUUAUAACUGAUUCUUUUAUCGUCCAAUUUCUUCUAAUUGUGAGUUAUCAAGGGUAUUUUUGAGUAUUGAAUCUUUGAAAAUUCAGCUAAUAUUUCUAUCAAUGGACUUCUGGACAGUGAAGAACAUAACUGGACGACUUUUGGUCGGUCUCCGAUGGUGGAGUUUCGUCGAUGCCGAGGGCAACAAUCAUUGGAAGUUCGAGAGCGCUAAGGUGGUUUUUUGCGCCAUUUUUUUUCCAGAAAAUUGCUACUCUCGCUAAAUUUCGUGAAAAAGUCGGAGCUUGGCUUGAAAUAAUUUGAAAUAAAGGGUUAUAAUGUCAGAUAUAGAAAAAAAGGAAUCAUCUUUUCAGGACAACGACCGUUUCCCAGCCAUGGAUCGUCGGGUUUUCUGGUUGGGACUUGUGGUUGGACCUCUCGCUUGGGCCUUUUUCGUCACUACGGCCUUUCUCACUUUCAAGGUUUGCUUUUUUCACUCAUUCUGACUCUUCAGUUUUUUUUUUCGAUUGAAAAUAUAUCAGUUUUAAUAGAAGGACCUAGCGUUUUUUAAAACAAUUUUCUUGAGCAUGAAAAAAUUAUGUUGAAUGAUAAACUUAAAGUUUGGUUUUCAGAAAAUGUAUUUAAUUAGAUUCUGCUGACCCAACCGCUUUCAGAUCCUGUAUAAAAUUAUGAUUAACAGCUUUAACGUUUUCGUUUUUUCUCCAGAAGGAGGUCGAGAUUUCUUUCAUGUUUUUAUGUCUUAACUUUGGAAAGGGAUUUCACUGAGUGAUUAAUAAGAAAUUCGCUCUGAAAGGAAGAUUUUGCAGUUUGAAUGGAUGAUCGUCGCGUUAUUGGGAGCCGCGAUGAGCUUGGCCAACUUGUACGGCUAUUUGAGGUGCCGCUGGUCGGACACGAAUCAACUCACGAGUUAUCUCUCCAAAUGGGCUUUCCUAAACGUCAGUUUCCCAUUUCAAACACGCUUCAUUUUAUUUUGAGAACGUCUUUUUUUUAAAUCGUGAUAACAUACGAAUCUGAAAAACAAACUAUCGAAACUCUAUCCGAAGAAAAAUUUAUCUUUAUUUCUGGACAUUUCCAAAAAAAAUUGUCUUAUAGAAAUAAUUGCCACAUUAUUUUUUAUUCAGUAUAUUAUAAAGGUAGACGUCAAUUUUCCAUUGUAAAAAUAGUCAAGCUGGAAGCUUUUCAAAACCCUUUUGGGUAUAUCAGCUCCAAAACUGAUAUUUUCAUUUUUUGCAGGUUCUCCGACGGCAGCAGCAACCUCAGCCGCAGCCAUUCCAGCAAAACAUUUGA